AUGCCGUCUGGACAGGAUGGCGCAGGCUCCGAUGCGUACAGGCCGACUUCGAUCGACUACAUCAAUCUUCCCAACCCGAUCGAGCCUUCCCAGCCGCAGGCCGGCUCUCAGAAGCACCCCUUGAACGGCACGCCACAUCUCGAAAAAGCGAGGCUUGAGAAAUCUUCUAAUAGUGACCUUUUCAAAUUAAUUCUCGAGCCGUCUUCCGAAAGACCUCCCAAACGCCAGAAAACAUCAGAAAAUACUACGUUGGAUCUGCCCAAGCUUCCUGUCCGGAAUCAUACAACCAAGCGACUCAGAAUCCCUCCAACGCUUUCUGGACUCCAUCAGCCUCCCCCGAAUGCUGGACUGCUCCCCUCUAUCAGUGUAGAACAGCCCCAGGUACUACCUCCUCGCCAGCCGGAGCCUGUCAUCGAGCCAGUAUUACCGAAACCUACGGAGCGAAAGGAAGAUUCCAGUGGUGCUCGACCUACCAAGCCUGAUGAUGCACCAGCGCCGCCUCCACCGAAAGCUCGGCAGCGGAGAAAGUGGUCUGACCAGGAGACCGAAGACCUGCUCAAAGGUGUCGCCAAUUUCGGAAUUGGUAGCUGGACCAAGAUUCUCAACUGCGAAGAAUAUUCAUUCAACCAACGGACAGCCCUCGAUCUGAAAGAUAGGUUCCGCGUAUGUUGUCCGAGCUCGUACAAGAGUCUGAAGGCCUUGAAGGCAUCUUCCAGUGGAGAUCCUGGUGCGCAAGCCAAGCAAUCAGCCAAACCCAAGACGACUACCAAAGGCCCUCCGAGAGAAGAGAUUUCACCGUCCAAGCUUAAAGAGUUGGGCAUCAACGAGCCUUUUGUCAACGUCGGCCGAAGAAAUCGUCAUGAGUACACCACUGCUGAAGACGAGGCACUUCUGCAAGGUUUCAAGAAACACGGCAACGCUUGGUCAACGAUCAGGAAAGAUCCCGAUUUUGGCUUCUCGGGACGCAGGGCGGCUGACCUGAGAGAUCGCUUUCGCACGAGGUACCCCGUCGAGUAUUCGAAAUCUGUGCCCAGCUCGUCUGCCUCUUCAGUGGCAAAGCGAGCCGUAGAAGACAGUGCGGAGAAAGCUAGCGGGUCGGAGAGCGAAGUGGUGACAGACGCUCCAAAAAGCACGCCGUCAAAUAAGGAAGACGCCACGACUGCAAAGCCUGCUCCAACAAGGAGACCGCCUCACUUGCCGUUCUUCUCUCUGGACGAUGUAUUCCUUGGUGGAGCAUUUGGCGAUGAUGACGAGGAGAACGGCGAGCCUAUCGUCUUGGAUAGAAGGAUCUUAGACUGGGCAGGGGCGGAUGCCGGGAAGACCUCAAACGCUGAGGCAUCUAAGAGCACUGGCAUCGACCCGCUCAUGACAUUAAAAUUGCCAAGGCCUCUGUCCAACAACGUGCUGACCGCUCUCCCUUCAGCACCUCCAGCGUCCCAGAACAAUUCGAACUCGCUGCCAUCGCUCGCGAGCGUACUACCUGACAAUGCAUACCCUGAUCAGAUCGAGCUGCCUUCUUUGAUGCAGAUGAUAGGGUCUCUGGACAACGACGGGAGAAGUGGAGGUGGAACAUUCCCUUCUUUGGAAGAUCUGUUGAGCUAA